AUGGCGAAUGUGCACCUACUCAGUCACAACGUGUCGGAUGACUAUCAGGGCGAUGUUGUUUGUGCGGGAUGCAACUACGUGGCUGCAGAUGCCGGCGAUUUGAUUCAGCACGUAGGACGGCAUGGAGCGAAACUGCGCGAUCGGAAAUUGUGUCGUUUGUGUACGACAUUUGUGGUGAAUAUGGAGCAGCACGUCCAGAUGAAACACAAGGAACAGUAUCGUAGAUACGAAGCGGGUCUGACGGUUUCCUGCGAUCAAUGUGAGAAACGAUUUCGGACGCGUGCACAUGCCGUGAACCACAAACAUAUUGCACACACAAGUUUACAAGCGUUGAGUUGUCUGAUUUGCGCCAAACAGUUUGCCUCGUCCAGUCUGCUGCAGUUGCAUAUAAAAAAGGAACAUGGAAAGGUGUUAACUUGUGUGGUGUGCCAGAAAACAUACUCAAAAUAUUGCCUCCUAUAUACGCACGCAAAAACCCAUAAGGAGGUCCAUAUCUGUAAAACCUGUGGCUCGGUGUUCCGCUGCAAACAGAGUCUGGACCAGCAUGAGUACGGUCACCGGGCUGACUAUUCCUUCAAAUGUGAUUUGUGCGGAAAAACAUUCAAGAGACCGACCAACUUGAUGCAACACAAAAUGGUCGUUCAUACGGAUAAAGUGCGGAAGAAGCGCAAAGCCCACGCGAGGAAAUGCGCCGAAAGGGAGUGGUCAGCGAGUACAAAUGUCCGCGACAAAGGAUGCGAUACGAAGAGUUCCCGUUCAAAUGCGAGGAAUGCCGGCUCGGCUGGAUGCUGCUGGGCAAUCUGCAGCAGCAUCAGCGGAAGAAACAUCCCGAUGCCCCUGCAACUGUUCAAAGUGGCAAGAAAUAGUCUUUCGGCGUUUUUUUCCACAGGAUCGGUUAGCUGGCGGCUGAUCGAUCUGUUUGAUUUUUCAUAAUAAUUUGCAAUCAGAAAUCGCAGUU